UCUUUUGUGCCUGCCUCUAAUUGGUUUACGCGUUUGGUUCAAGCUCCUCUUAUCAAAUACAUUUUAUAAAAAAAAAAUUGUCGGUGCUUUUAAUAAGAAAAAUGUCUGACGAAAUGCUCUCGCCAAAUGAUUUAGUCGAAAUCGAAAUAAAUGGAAGUGAAUUUUCUAUGGAUAACAAGAAACUUCAUCUCUGCGUCGACGAACAUUGGGCCCAACGAUCGCAUCGACGUCAAAAUUUAAAUAAACAAAAACAUAGAAUCCUAGGCCGUGGAAGCUAUGGCGAGGUUCAUAAACUGUUUUGGAAAACAAAAAAUAUGAAUAUUGCGGCUAAGCAUUUCAAUGGGACCGAUGAAACUGUAACAAAGGAAUUUAAGAAAGAACUCAAAAAUCUAAGUCGCGUUGAUCAUCCGAAUAUCAUUAAAUUAUAUGGAGUUGCCAAGGAUACGGACUCUAAACCAUACAUUAUCAUGGAGUAUGCAGACAAUGGAUCCCUAUAUGAAUGCAUGAAAAAGGCAGAGAUUAGAGUGACGUAUUUGGGAAUUCACUAUUGGAUGUUACAAUUGGCGGAGGCUGUUGCUUAUAUGCAUGGUUUAAGCCCACCAGUUAUUCAUCGCGAUCUAAAGCCACAAAACCUUCUACUUACCAACAACUUUCGGACAUUAAAGAUAUGUGAUUUUGGCACUGUUCGAGAAUUGGCUUCAAAAAUGACAACAGCGAGAGGCACCCCCAUUUAUACAGCGCCUGAAGUUUUUGAAGGAAAGAAAUAUACGGAGAAGUGCGAUGUUUAUAGCUUUGCCAUUAUUCUCUGGCAGGUUUUUUCACAGAAGGAGCCUUACAAUCACUUGGGAAACCAGGAACCUUACACUAUUCAGAAUUUGGUCUGUAACAAAGAUGAACGACCAGAUUUGAAUCAAGUUAUACGCUUUCCACAUCGAGAGGCGAUAAUUUUCUUGAUUAAAAAGUGUUGGGAUAGAGAUCCAACCAAGAGGUGGACCAUGCAAAAGAUGAAAAGUAUUUUCGCUAUCUCAUCUGUACCGAAGACAACAAAAGAUGACUAUAUCGUGGAGACCUAACUCUUUUCAUCUGCAAAUCGAACCUUCUAGCGACGUUGGUACUUUGUCAGAGUACAUUUGAGAGUCACAAUCUUUGUAAAGGAAAAUUUGUCAAUACAAUUAAAAUGUUAAUUAAACAAAGAAAUCAAUCGACAUGCGUGAAACAUAA